AUGACUGAUUUGGGCUGCAAGAAACAUAGUGACUGCACUGUCUCCAGGCUGCUCAAUGUGGUGGAGAGUGAGCUCCAGGCUGGCAGAGACAAAGGGGACCCCACUGAAAAACAGCUCCAGGUGGUUUUGGAGGAUGCUGCACUUUGGCAGAGGUUCAGAGAAGUUACGAAUGAGAUGAUUGUCACCAAGAAUGGCAGACGGAUGUUCCCUGUUUUAAAGAUCAGUGUCUCAGGCUUGGACCCUAAUGCCAUGUAUUCUUUUCUGCUGGAUUUUGCUCCAACUGACAGCCACCGCUGGAAGUACGUGAAUGGGGAAUGGGUCCCAGCCGGAAAGCCAGAGCCGUCGACUCACAGCUGCGUUUAUAUCCAUCCAGACUCUCCCAACUUUGGGGCCCACUGGAUGAAGGCUGCGGUUUCUUUUAGCAAAGUGAAACUUACCAAUAAGCUGAAUGGCAAUGGGCAGAUUAUGUUGAAUUCCCUACACAAAUAUGAGCCUCAAGUUCAUAUCGUUCGAGUUGGAGGCCCACACAGAAUGGUAAAGAAUUGUUCCUUUCCUGAAACUCAGUUCAUAGCUGUGACUGCUUACCAAAAUGAAGAGAUAACAGCUCUCAAGAUCAAAUACAACCCCUUUGCCAAAGCCUUUCUAGAUGCAAAAGAAAGGAACCACCCCAAGGAUGUUCCAGAUAUUGCCUCUGAAAGUCAACACAUGACAUAUUCUCACUUGGGCGGUUGGUUGAUUUCCAAUCCAGAUGCAGUGUGUGCAACUGGAAGUUCCAGCUAUCAGUACAGUGGGACUUUUUCUCUGCCUGCUCCACAUUCCCACCACGGCUGUGAACACUAUUCACCCCUUCGAGGACACAGAGCUGUUCCCUAUCCUGCUUCAUACAUGCAGAGAAAUCACACUCCAUCAGCAAACGUAUUAGAGAGCACCAACAGUGAUUUUCAAGUGUCUCCAGGCCAUGAAGGCUGGACUUCAGUCCCCUCCAGUCACCAUGCCAACUUGCUCCCAGGGCCACAUAAUAGCAGUACUACUACCCCUGGGCCUAGCCAUUACCCAUGCCUAUGGACAGUCAGCAACAAUGCCAUUAAUGUUGCCAACCUCGCAAGUGAUAUCAGCAGCAGUCCCCCAGGAACGUUCCUGCGAAGCAAUAUCACAUUACCUGCUACAUCCUCUCCUGCUUCAAUUCCUUUGCCGGGAACCGCUGCCAGCACCAUGGAAACCCAGUUGGAGCCUGCUUUUCCCAGAAUAGCUGAUUCCACCUGGGCAUCGGUAGCCUCACAUUCAUUUUAA